AUGUUCUGGAAUCGUUUAAGAAAAACUAAUAAACUAAUAGAACAUAUCGUCAUUUUCCAUUUGGAUAGUACAAACGGUGAUCCUGUAGUUGAAUAUGUUUAUCCAUCUGUUAACAACGAAAAUUCUCACUUUCAUAGGCUGCGAAAUUUCGUUCUUCCAUGUAAACAUAAAAGUCUUAUUUCGGAAGAGUAUACACUUAUAUUCACGGAUAGCGAUGGAACUGUAGAAUUUUUUGCGUGUAUUACUUUACCUAUUUCCGGAUAUAUUGUGUGUAUUAGUAGUUAUUUUCCUUACUUUGAACUUUUGCACUCAAUCAUAACUCUGAUUAAUCAAGAACAUUUAUACAGAGAAGAAAACCGACGUAAUAUUGAAGUAAUUUUAAAGGAAUUGCAUUAUCAUUCUGGUGUUGCUACACUUAACAUUUCAUCACCUCCGAAUUCGACGAAAUUAAGUAUGCAACUCCCGGAAGCACAGUUUCAGUUUGUUUAUCAUAGACACAUUUUAGAGUAUUAUAAUACAUUGUCUAUCGGCAAUUGGAUUGUAAUAUUUGAAAGCUUAAUUUUGGAGAAAAGUGUAAUAUUCUACUCAAGUCGUUUACAGCGUAUUACUUCCUGUCUUUUGGCCAGUCUAAGUUUGUUGUACCCACUUAUAUGGCCUCAUUUAAUUUAUUCUCUACUACCUUCCAAUUGUAUUGAAUAUGUUGGCUGUCCGACCCCAUUUGUUGCUGGUGUUCACUCAUGUUUAAAAGAGAAGAUGAAACCAUUGUUAAUUCCUGGAGUUCGACUUGUCGAUUUGGAUCAUGAUGUUGUAUAUGGGACAGGGGAUGUUGGAAUAACCAUGCCGUCUGUUUUACGUCAUUGGUUGAUUAAACGGUGUAACGCAUCACACAGUGCAAUUUUACGGCAUAUACGCUCAACAGAGAAUGUUGCUUCAACUGCUGCAUUACUUUUAGCUCGACCAUACUUAGAACUGAUGGCUAUUCUUCUUGGUCGUUAUCGAUCGGCACUGCAGCAUAAUGAAGCUUCUUCAUCUGUCGAUCUUUUACCAAUACAAUCACCAAAUGACGAAAGUCGAUCACAAGAUAAAUUUGAUCAACCUCGUAUAGGUGGAUGGUUUUUCGAUCGCGCUGCAUUUGUCAUUUCUUGUGGUCAUGAAUUACAGCCAUAUCUUACAGAACUUUUAAAUUCUCAGAUGGUGAUACAAUUUUUCGAAUCACGUGUAGCAGUUUUAAAUUCAGAUAUGGCGUUUAUUCCACCAGAUGAUUUUGAAGAUAUUAUCGACCAUGUUUCCAUCCCGAGACGUUCUGGUGGAUUAAAUGAUCUACUGAAUUUCGGUCGAACUGAAUUUGAUAAAAUAACUCGAAAACUGACGCAGAAAUCCGAGAAACUUUCACAGAAAUUUGUCCCUCGUCCUAAUAAUCUUUAUCAAACCUUUAAAUUGAAUAGUUCUACGAUGCAGAAACGAAAUUUCAGUAAUUCUGCUACAUCAAAAGCUCACAGUAGAAAAGUACUAAUCCCGUCUCUUUCAACUCGACCAUCAGAACAAGAUAUUUGUGAGAUAUUAAGGAAAAAAUUGGAAUUUAAAAAAGAUAAUAAUUUAUCUCUACCCACUCAUUAUCAGCAAAACAAUGAUACAAAUAAUCUUCCAUCUUGUGAUAAUUCCAUAUGGCAACCUCUAUCACCAAAAAUCGAUCAUGAGUUACGUAAUUCAGAACGAACAAAUCGUAGUCUGCUCACUAGUAUUUUGUCAGAACUACCUGACUUAACAGCUGAUUUUUAUCCUUCAACAACUAGUCGAGUUAAUGAUUCCCAAGUAUCGCUUAGAAAUCGUUCUCAAGACAUAGAGCAUAAGCCAUUUAAUCUUCGUUGUAAUUCAUCAAAGCGUAUGGGUUGUUACGUAGAGUCUCCUGAAAAAGCUUUUCAUAAUUGGGUUACAUUCGAUUCUAGUCCACCUACAUGUUCUUCUGAAGAUCUUAUUAAUUUAACUGGUUCCCUAUUCCAAUCAUCCAAUACACUUGAUCCGUUUUCAGAUGAUUCAUUUUCCAAAUCUUUAUCAACUAACACAAAACCAGCUAAAUGUGAUCAUAAUGAAUUAGAACAAGCAAUUCUUGAUGAAUUCGACCAAUUGUCUAUAUCUCGAAUGAGAAAAACAUAAUAGUGACAAUUAUAAUUCUCACUUAUGUAUAUGUCGUUAUUAUGAUUAACUAAUUUUAGUGUAUAUUUACAAAUGAAUCUCUGUAAUCGUCGAUCUGAGAUCUCAGUUCAUGAUAAAAUCUCAUUCCAUUUUCUUAGAAUCUAAUAGAGAUUUCUUACGUUUUUUCUUAUUACAAUCGGG